UUUGCCCGCUUGGCUGCUUCCGAUUGUAUUCCAUAUACAUCCAGGCUUCAGCAGCACACAGCAGCUCAUGCUCAAGCAGAACCAGUGUCUCAGGAGUGGAUAACUUGGCGGAAAUUAAUUAAUGAUGAAACGCCGGCAUAGUAGCAUCGAGGAAAGCGCAUGGGUGGCGGAGGUGGAGAGGGAGGUUGCCGACGGCUGCGCGUCGGAGGAGGAGUCCGCGCGGUGGCGCCGCCAGUGCAUCUACCCCGUGCCAGCGUGCAUAAAGGAUCUGAACCCCAGGGCGUACCGGCCACAGGUCGUAUCGCUGGGGCCGUUCCACCACGGCGAUCCCCACCUGCGCCCCAUGGAAACCCACAAGCGCCGCUCCCUCGUGCACUUCCUGCGCCGCGCGCGCCGGCCGCUGGCAGAUUUUGUGGCCGCGGUGGCCGGAGCUGGAGCCGAGGGGCUGGAAGGCGCGUACCAUAAGCUCAGCGACGAGUGGCGCAUUGACGGCGGGGUGGAAAGCAGGUUCGUGGAGCUGAUGGUCACCGACGGGUGCUUCCUCCUGGAGGUCAUGCGGACGGCGACCAGCUGGGAGAUGAACGACUACGCUGACGACGACCCUGUCUUCAGCGCCCACGGCCUACUCUACACCGUGCCCUACAUCCGCCGCGACAUGCUCAUGAUCGAGAACCAGCUGCCACUGCUCGUCCUCAAACGCCUCCUCGCCGUCGAGAGCGGCAAGAACGGGAACGACGACGACCUGAUCAACAGGUUAGUGCUUCUGUUCCUUUCCCCGGCGUCGUGGCCGCUGGCGACCGGCGUGGGGCUCGCGCUGCACCCGCUGGACGUCCUCCGCCGGAGCCUCCUCGAUGGCCCGAGGCCGGCCGGCCCACGGCCACGGGCACCGCCAGACCCGUCGUCGGCCUCGACAGACGACAUCAUCCGGUCGGCGGAGGAGCUGUACGAAGCCGGCGUCCGGUUCAAGCGCAGCGCGACGAGCAGCCUCCUCGACAUCCGCUUCCACGACGGCACGCUGUACCUCCCGGCCAUCGCCGUCGACGACACCACGGAGUACAUGCUCCUGAACCUCAUGGCCUUCGAGCGCCUUCACGUGGGCGCCGGGAACGACGUGACCGCCUACGUCUUCUUCAUGGACAACAUGGUGGACUCGGCGCGGGACGUGGCGCUGCUCACGUCGCGCCGGAUCGUGCUCAACUCGCUGGGCAGCGACAAGGCGGUGGCGAAGCUGUUCAACGGCCUGUCUAGGGACGUGGUGCUGGAGCCGCAGAGCGCGCUGGACGACGUGCACCGGGAGGUCAACGCCUACUGCCGGAAGCGCUGGAACCAGUGGCGCGCCAACCUGGUGCACACCUACUUCCGGAGCCCCUGGUCGUUCCUCUCCCUCACCGCCACCGUCUUCCUCCUCGGCUUGACCAUCACGCAGACAGUCUACACCAUCCUGCAAUACUACAGCAGCAGCAGCUAGCUACCUUGCCCGACCAGAGCGUCGAGUUUUUUAACUUAUUUAGUUAUUUUUUAGCUCCUAUAUAUCGCUGUAGCUUUCUUACUCUCUAGUUCGAAGUUUUCUUGUACCUAUCCAAUAAUGCGUGCCUUUCUACAUAAGUA